AUGCUAUUCUUCAACCAGAGCAUUUUCCACCCUGCAAUCUUCUUCCUCACUGGCAUACCUGGCCUUGAAACUCCUCAGACCUGGAUCUCCAUCCCAUUCUGUUGUCUCUAUGUCAUUGCUAUCUCUGGAAACAGCAUAAUCCUGUUUGUCAUCAUCACUGAGUCGAGCCUCCAUGAACCCAUGUACUAUUUUCUCUCCAUGCUAUCGUUCAUGGACCUAGGUCUGUGUCUUUCUACAUUGGUCACCCUGCUGGGUAUUUUCUGGUUCAAUGCACGAGAAAUCAGUUUUGAUGCCUGCAUUGGCCAAAUGUUCUUUAUCCAUGGCUUCACAUUCAUGGAGUCCUCAGUACUUUUGGCAAUGGCCUUUGACCGCUUCAUUGCCAUCUGUAACCCACUGAGAUAUGCCACAAUCUUAACCAAUUCACGGAUUAUUAAAGUGGGCUUUGCAAUUGUUCUUAGGGGGACAGCAGCUCUAGUGCCUCUACUUCUGCUCCUUAAGCGCCUCUCGUUCUGCGAUAGUCAUGUGCUCCACCAUUCCUACUGCUUCCACCCUGAUGUGAUGAAGCUCUCAUGCACAGACACACGGAUCAACAGUGUAUUUGGCCUGGCCAUUGUUAUCUCUACUGCUGGCUUGGACUCUGUCUUGAUCCUCCUCUCCUAUGUUCUGAUUAUCCACUCUGUGCUCUGCAUUGCCUCCCCAGAGGAGCAGAAAAAGGCUUUUGGUACCUGUGUCGCUCAUAUUAGUGCAGUUGCCAUCUUCUAUAUCCCCAUGAUCAGUUUGUCACUAGUGCACAGAUUCGGAAGGCAUGCCCCUCCCCUUGUGCACACGCUCAUUGCCAAUGUUUACCUGCUUAUCCCUCCUGUAAUGAAUCCCAUAAUCUACAGUGUAAAGACCAAGCAAAUUCGCAAGGCUGUGCUCAAAGUAUUUCUUUCUAAGCUAAUUUAG